AUGACUGCAUUAACUGCUGAGUUUGUCCUCGUUUGCCUGCUGUUCUUCCGUGUCACCGAAGCCAAAUACGAACCCAACUGGGAGUCCAUAGAUUCAAGGCCACUUCCGGAGUGGUACGACCAGGCCAAAUUCGGAAUUUUUAUCCACUGGGGGGUCUUCUCUGUGCCCAGCUUCGGCAGCGAGUGGUUCUGGUGGUACUGGAAGGGUCAAAAGCUGCCUUCGUAUGAGGCCUUCAUGAAAAGGAACUACCCUCCUGGCUUCAACUAUCAAGACUUUGCACCUCAUUUCACUGCAGAGUUCUUUGACGCCAAGGAAUGGACGGACAUCUUUGCUGCAUCAGGAGCCAAGUACAUCGUGCUGACCACUAAACACCACGAAGGCUUCACGCUGUGGGGCUCUGAUACCUCAUGGAACUGGAAUGCGGUAGACGUGGGCCCCAAGCGCGACCUUGUGGCAGAGGUGGCGGGUGCCCUCCGUGCCCACACUGACCUGCGCCUGGGGCUGUACCACUCGCUCUUCGAGUGGUUUCAUCCGUUGUUCCUGCAGGACGCUGCCAACCACUUCGCCACUAAUCGCUUCCCCCUCGCCAAAAGUCUGCCCGAACUUUACCAGCUGGUGAUGACGUACAAGCCUGAUGUGCUGUGGUCGGACGGAGACGGGGAUGCACCGGACAAGUACUGGAACAGUACCGGCUUCCUAGCCUGGCUUUAUAACGACAGUCCAGUAAGGGACACGGUGGUGACAAAUGACCGGUGGGGCUUGGGCUCCAUCUGCAAACACGGUGGCUACUACACCUGCGCUGACCGCUACCAGCCGGGUCACUUGCUGCCACACAAGUGGGAAAACUGCAUGACCAUCGACACAAAAUCAUGGGGCUACAGGCGGAACGCCCCCCUCGCUGAUUACCUCAGCAUCGAGGAGCUUGUGGCGACAUUAGUGGAGACCGUGUCCUGCGGCGGCAACCUGCUGAUGAACGUGGGUCCAACAGCGGACGGGAGGAUCGCGCCAAUCUUCGAGGAGCGCCUGCGUCAGAUGGGUCAAUGGCUCGGAGUCAACGGCGAAGCAGUGUAUAACAGCAGUGCCUGGCGGGCUCAGAAGGACUCCAUCGCGCCUGGCGUUUGGUAUACAGCCAAACCGCAGCAGGACACCAUCUUUGCCUUCUUCCUUCAGUGGCCGGCUGCUGGAUCUUUAUUCCUCAGUGAACCUGGAUGUAGAUCAGGACACACUCAGGUGGUGCUGUUGGGUCAUGGGCCCCUGCAGUGGGUGCCUGCCGCCAGUAGUGGUCUUUUGGUCUUCCUGCCUCGUCUGUCCAUUAGCCAGAUACCGUGCCAGUGGGCCUGGACCCUCAAGCUUACGGGUGCCAAGUGA